ACGAGACAUUGUAAUAUCGCCAAAAAUUCUUGUCAAAAUAAUCCAAAAACGGAAAUAAGCUGUUUUUAAAACAAGGUGGAUUCUUAAUUUUUCGGGAAAAUUUACGACCUCAGGCGCGAAGAAUAAUUUAAUUUUGUGGAUUAACUUUUACGAGGAUAGUUAAGUUACAUUGUGGCAAUAUUUGAGUGAGAGAGAGAGAGAUGUUCGCCACGGAGCCCGCGGUUAUGUCCCCUACCCAGGAUCCGGCUGCCGUCAAACGACGACUGGCUUUCCAGAAGAGUUAUAGUUUGGAGCACGGUGGGUCAUGGCGGAGAAAAAGCUUAAUCGAGGAUGCAAAAUUCGAAACAGUGACAAACAUUGAAUUCGCCAAGCAGGAGAGAACACUCAGUAACCGAGGCUCCAUCAGCGAAGAGGAGGAAGUUUUCAUCCAAAAUGGCGAGACAACGUCACCCGUGGAAACCGAGCCGUCACGUGUCUACGUCAUUCUUGUAACACUAAAAGAAGGAAUGACUUCAUCACUGUCCCGGAUUAUUAGGGUGUUUGAAACAACAAAAGUUGUUCUGGAACACAUAGAAUCUCGCAAGUCACAGAAGCCUGGAGCCAUCUUCGAUGUUUUGAUACAGUGUGUGUGCCCCCGCCAAAAAGUGACAUCAUUGAUGAACACAAUUCGACAGAAUCAAUCAACCGUGGAGGUUUCGGUCAUUGGAGACAAGGAAACAGAUGUUAAAGAGGCGUGGUUUCCCCGACACAUAGCAGAGCUAGAUAACUGCACACAUCUCGUCACAAAGUUUGAACCCGAGCUAGAUUGUGAUCAUCCGGGUUUUACAGAUGAAGUCUACAAGGAGCGCCGGAAACAAAUAGCAGACAUAGCGUUUGAAUACAAACAUGGUCAUCCUAUUCCACGAGUACAGUAUACCGAGGAGGAAAUAGCCACGUGGGGUCACGUGUACAGGCAUCUAAAGGAACUGUUUCCCACACAUGCGUGCCGUGAGCACAUUGACGCUUUCAGGGGACUGGAGAAGGAAUGCGGAUACAGUGAGAACGCCAUACCUCAGUUGGAAGACGUGUCUAACUUCCUAAAACGUAAAACCGGAUUCCAGCUCCGUCCAGUUUCUGGAUUACUUUCUGCCAGAGACUUCCUGGCCAGUCUCGCCUUCCGGGUCUUUCAAUGUACACAGUAUGUAAGACACGGAUCCAAGCCGGACCAUUCCCCGGAACCGGAUUGUAUCCACGAGUUGUUAGGUCACGUGCCGAUGUUGUCAUUUCCGGCGUUUGCGCAGUUCUCACAGGAAAUAGGGCUAGCGUCACUUGGGGCCUCAGACCAGGAUAUAGAGAAGCUAGCGACGCUUUAUUGGUUCACCGUGGAAUUCGGUUUAAUUCGUCAAGAUGGAAGUCUCCGAGCUUACGGCGCCGGAACUCUGUCGUCAUACGGAGAACUGAAACACGCCCUCUCUGACAGUCCUAAACAACUUCCGUUUAACCCGGCAGUGACGUCAGUCCAGGAGUAUACAGACGAAGACCUACAACCUGUGUACUUCUUUGUCGAGUCAUUUGAAGACAUGAUGCAAAAAAUGAGGGACUACGCCUCUUCCAUUAAGCGGCCCGCUGACCUGCGCUAUGACCCCUUCACGCAGACGAUUCAGGUGAUAGAGAAAAGAGAGACCUUAGAGACGGUAUCCGCCUCCCUCAGGACAGAGAUCGCCAACUUAGAGAAACUUGUCAAGAGAAUGGAUCUAAUAAGCGUAUAACAGUCAUAUAGAAAUAAAAAUCCCCUUUUAGGAGAAUGAACCGACAUCGUGUAAAACAGUCAGAUAUAUU